UGAUGCCGCAGGGUAGCUCCUGGCUGAUGGAUUGGAAGGAGCUGCCUCUACAUCUCUGCCUGACAGAAAUUCGUGGAGCUGGUGCAGAUGACAUCGGUCACAUAGGCAGGAGCUCUGCAGGCAACACCAGCAGGAUGGAGGCAUCCUGCCUGGAGCUGGCCCUGGAAGGAGAACGCUUGUGCAAGGCUGGGGACUUCAAAGCUGGGGCAGCCUUCUUCGAAGCAGCCGUGCAGGUGGGGACAGAGGACCUGAAGACUCUCAGUGCCAUCUACAGUCAGCUGGGCAAUGCCUAUUUCUACUUAAAGGAGUACUCCAAGGCCCUGGAGUACCAUAAACACGACCUUACCCUGGCCAGGACCAUUGGGGACCGCAUUGGAGAAGCCAAAGCGAGUGGCAACCUCGGGAACACCCUGAAAAUACUUGGGCAGUUUGAUGAAGCUGUUGUUUGUUGCCAGAGGCACUUGGACAUUUCUCAGGAGCAGGGAGACAAGGUUGGUGAAGCCAGAGCACUCUAUAACAUAGGAAAUGUUUACCAUGCAAAGGGAAAGCACUUAUCUUGGAACAUGGCCCAGGACCCAGGCUACCUGCCUCAGGAGGUCAAGGAGACGCUACAGAAAGCUUCAGAAUAUUAUGAGAGGAACCUGUCCCUGGUGAAGGAGCUGGGGGACAGAGCUGCACAGGGCCGUGCUUAUGGCAACCUUGGCAACACCCAGUACUUACUUGGCAACUUCAGUGAAGCUAUAGCCUUCCACAAGGAGCGCCUCGCCAUCGCUAAGGAGUUUGGGGACAAGGCAGCCGAGCGGCGAGCGUACAGCAACCUGGGCAACGCCCACAUCUUCCUCGGCAGGUUUGACAUCUCUGCCGAGUACUACAAGAAAACACUCCAGCUCUCCAGGCAGCUCAAAGACCAAGCAGUAGAAGCCCAGGCUUGCUACAGUCUUGGAAACACAUACACCCUGCUUCAAGACUAUGAAAGGGCCAUUGAGUACCACCUGAAACAUCUGGUGAUAGCACAGGAGCUGGGAGACAGGGUGGGAGAAGGAAGAGCCUGCUGGAGUCUGGGAAAUGCCUAUGUCUCCCUGGGGAGCCAUGAGCAAGCGUUGCACUUUGCAAGGAAACAUCUUGAAAUCUCCCAAGAGAUCGGGGACCGGAACGGUGAGCUGACAGCGCAGGUCAACAUGGCCCAGCUGAGGUCAGCCCUUGGCUUGGGCCCUGGAGAUGAGGACAUGGGCACAGCUCAUCACCACUCUGGCUAUGAAGCACAAGGAGCCAGGCCGAAGAGACUCCAAAGGAACAGCAUGGACAGCUUAGACCUCCUCAAGUUCCCUUCUGAAAAGGACCAGAACGGGGACAGCCACCACCUGGGAGACCUGAAGAUCUCAGGGAAGGAGUUCUUGUCAUUACCUGCAAGGUCAAGGAAAUACCAGGAGCACCAAUCCAGUUCAGAGAGAAGGUCCCAGGGGUCAAGUACAUCACCACUGGACAGCAGUGAAGUCCGAGUCCAGGUGUCACAGUCGAAAAUCAACAGGACCCCUUCGGAUGAGGAAUGCUUCUUUGACCUGCUGAGCAAGUUCCAGAGCAACCGGAUGGACGACCAGCGCUGCCCGCUGGAGGAGUGCCCAGCCGAGGCUGCCCAGGCAGCUGCCACCCCCGUGCCUGCCCUGGGAGAGCGCCUACCUCAGUCCUCGCUCAUGGCGUCUCCGCAGACGGAGGAGUUCUUCGACCUCAUCGCCAGCUCGCAGAGCAGGCGGCUGGACGACCAGCGCGCCAGCGUGGGCAGCCUGCCGGGCCUGCGCAUCACGCACAACAACCUGGGCCACCUGCGCGCGGAGGGCGACGCCCAGGAGCCCGGCGAUGAGUUCUUCAACAUGCUCAUCAAGUGCCAGUCCUCCAGGAUAGACGACCAGCGCUGUGCGCCGCCGGACUCCAUCCCCCGCGGCCCCACCAUGCCCGACGAAGACUUCUUCAGCCUCAUCCAGCGCGUCCAGGCCAAGCGCAUGGACGAGCAGAGGGGCACGUGGCUGCUGUGGCACUGGGCACAGCAAGAGGAAGAACUGGGCAGGGCCUUUGCUUAUCACCUAAAGAGCCAGGGCCUCAUGCUGUUGGCCAAAGGAGGAGCCCAGUGUGGACACAAUACUCCAGCCCUGCUCUCUUAUCUCCACACACCUGUAUUCUGAUGGAGAAAGGGAAGAGCUUUUCCAUUGUGAAGUCCUUCUGUUCUGUCCUGCCUGCCUCUCGAGGUGACCCACACCGCUCUGGAUCCUUCCCUGGAACAUCCUGUCCAGCUUUGCCCUUUCUAGAGGAGGAAACGAGCCCAAGUCAGAGGCUACACCUGUCCUUUUAAACCUCAUCCCAGUUCCAGUCCUGGUCCCACAGACCUUAAAGCUUAUUUUGGGUUUGCUGGGGUCCGCAGGGAGCAGUGACACCCACUCUGCUUCUCCAGCCACAGAGCUGUGCUAGGCCCUCCUGUGUAGGAGCACAGCCCUGAGCUCCAGCAGGAUAUGUCACCUCGGGACAGCAGCCGUGCAGCACAGCACAGCACAGCUUCAGCCUGGGACAAAGCCUGAAAGGCCACUGCCAGCUGCACAGCUCAAGCUGCAGGCCCAAGAGAGGGCCCUGAGCCUGGCAGGAGAGGAAGGAGGUCUCUGCCCAUCUGCUCAGCACAAGACAAAUGUGGGCAACCCAACCACUCUGGUGCCCCUGAGCCAACAGCCUCGUGCAGGUGAGUGUGCCUGAGGCAGAAGACUGCACUUGGCGCUGACCCACAAAGUUUUCUGGGCACAGCUUGUCAGGAGAGCAAGCAGAAGCAGCCCCUCUUGUGUCUAACAGCAAACCAGGAGUAACAGCCCUGCCUUUCCCUCUCCUUGUCUUUCCACAAACCUGUGCUGAGCUCCUCCUGGUCCCUUGCAGGCCACAGCAGAGCUGCUCUUGGCCAGGCACUUGGGUUCUUCCUGAUCUGCCUCCAGUAAAUGGAGCCUCAUGAGGGGCUCAGCUCCAGCCUGGACCUCAGCUCCAAUUCUUAGCUUGACCAGAUCCUGGACUUCAGUAACUCCAGCCCUGAGGUCUGCCAAAGCAGAGGUGUUCCUACAGAGAACAAAUCAGCACUUUCUACGUGAAAUGCUUUUGAUGGAAACAUUUCCAACCAGCAGUAAGAUUUUUAGAGCGGUGAUGCUGCUCAUCAGGCAUCUACCCUGCCUGCACUGCCCACAUGGAGGCGUAGCCACCUCUCCCUGCUGCCAGGGAGCACUCACCUGUGACACUGCUGCAGGGACUGGCACUGCUUGGCCAGGGCUCAGCCUCUGCCCUGGGGCUGCUGAGAGCUCUGGAGAAGGCACAGAACCUGCCUACACACUGACCCAGCUUGUGUUUGUGAAGAACAAGAGAACACUGAAGGUGAAGACGACUUGACCAGCUGCAGGCUUGGGCCUGUGCAGCCUCUCAGCCAGGUGGUGAAGUGGAAUGGGAGCGUGGAGCUUUCAGAGGUGUUAAUUCUUUGCCACAUACUUGAAUGUACCCAGCUUAUUUAUUUUUUACAUGUGCAUUUGCUGAUGUCCUUCCAAGGGACAACUCCCAACCCACAGGUACUUGUUUUUUUCUAAAGAAGAAAAAUAAUCUGCCAAAUGAAUUAAUAUAUUAGAGAUGAACAUGGCUCAAGGGGAAGGGGGGGGGUGUGCUUAAUAAAUAUUUGUGUCUAAGCUUCA